CGUGUCCUUGCCGCCCUCUUCCGCCCAGCUCUGGAGGCAGUCUUCGGUUGUUUAUGUUUCUUACAGCGAAAUUUUGACCUUUUCUUACAGGUGCCGUGUGUGAUGCUCGGAGAGCGGCCGGGCUGCAGGGACAGGCCCCCCGGUGGAAACAUGACUUCAGAGUAACCUCCAGUGUCUACCGGAGCUCAGCAUGAACAGCGAGGAGGAGUUUUACGACGCGGAGACAGGGCUGGAGUCGGAUGAUUCCUGCGAGGUCAGUUUCAAAGACGCCCUGGUGUUUGACAGCAAGCCGGGGACUGAUGGCAGAGCCACGCAGGAGAACGGAGUGUGGGAGAGGAGGAAAACGCUGCCAGCCGAAAUGAUCUCCAGAAACAACUUCAGCGUGUGGAAUAUACUGAAGAAAUGCAUCGGCAUGGAGCUGUCCAAGAUCGCCAUGCCGGUGGUGUUUAACGAGCCGCUGAGCUUUCUCCAGAGAAUCUCGGAGUACAUGGAACACACUCACCUCAUCCACAGAGCCUGCAGCUUGUCUGACUCCAUAGAUCGCAUGCAGGUCGUUGCUGCGUUUGCUGUUUCAGCUGUUGCAUCUCAGUGGGAAAGGACUGGAAAGCCAUUCAACCCUUUGCUUGGGGAGACAUAUGAACUCACCAGAGAGGACGAAGGAUACAGGUUGAUCUCGGAGCAGGUGAGCCAUCACCCCCCCAUCAGUGCCUUUCACGCUCAGUCUCUGAAGCAAGAGUUCGAGUUUCACGGCUCCAUCUACCCAAAACUCAAGUUCUGGGGCAAAAGUGUGGAGGCGGAGCCUAAAGGCACCAUGACGCUGGAGCUGCUGAAACAUAAAGAAGCGUACACGUGGACGAAUCCACUUUGCUGCGUGCACAACAUCAUAUUGGGAAAACUGUGGAUUGAGCAAUAUGGAACGGUUGAAAUAAUGAACCACAGCACUGGAGAGAAGUGUGUGUUGACUUUCAAACCAUGUGGGAUGUUUGGAAAGGAGCUGCAUAAAGUCGAAGGUUAUAUUCAAGAUAAAAGUAAGAAGAAACGCAGAGUGAUCUACGGAAAGUGGACGGAGUGCAUGUACAGCGUGGAUCCCAAGGUUUACGACUCCUAUAAGAAGUCGGAAAAGAAAUCCAGCGGAGACGCAAAAAAGCUGAGACAGGAACAUAGUGCUGACGGUGAAGACGCGGACGAGAUGCCAGAGGUUCAGGAGACUGUGACUGUGAUACCAGGAAGUGCCUUAUUGUGGAGGAUAACACCACGGCCCGCUCACUCAGCACAGAUGUAUAACUUCACCAGCUUUGCCCUGACACUAAACGAGCUGGAGCCCGGCAUGGAGAGGCUGCUGGCUCCCACAGACUGCCGGCUGAGGCCCGACAUCAGGGCCAUGGAGAACGGAGACAUAGAUUCGGCCAGUACGGAGAAGGAGAGGUUGGAGGAGAAACAGAGAGCUGCACGCAGAGAGCGGUCCAAGGACGAAGAGGAAUGGUCCACCAGGUGGUUCCAGCUGGGAACGAACCCCCACACGGGAGCAGAGGACUGGCUGUACACCGGAGGAUACUUCGACAGGAACUACAGCGACUGCCCCAACAUUUAUUGACGCAGGAGGAGCUGGGCGUAAACACCUUCUCUCUGAUAGGAUUCACGUUGUUUCUCGGCAUCUCAGAUCUGUGACGGCCAGACGCCCGCUGGCGCCGUGUCCAUGUCAGAGUCGCUGGUGUCAAGAACGCUUAUCAGAUUAUCCGCAACUGUGAAAGGAUGUGUGACGAUACGGAGGAUUUUAGAGUUUACUUACUGUAAAUGUUGUCAUCAAGCAUCUUCAUCUUGACAUGCCCCGAACGCGUGCGUUACCCACCGCGGGAGGGUUUCGAACCUGCGUCCAGUGGGAGCUCCUGGAGCGGUGAAGCAGCUGCUGCGGGACACAAAGGGGAUUUCUUCAGUUCUAGUUCAGGUACUCGACAAUAAUCUCACCUUGUAGACCCACCACACACUUCUGUCGCGUUGCAUUCAAAUAUCAGGGGUUAUUUAAACACACACGCUACUUUUAUAUUAGCCUAUUUGACACUUAGAUGUCGAUUUUUAGUUGGCACUAAACUGCGUAAGCUGUCACAAAUGUUUCUGUGAAUAGAGACCUACCGUAGAGAUACAAGCUGCUUAUAACUCCGUUUACUGCCAUGUGAAACACUCAUCGAUGGUACCUUUAUCUUGUCGUCCGCUGUUGCAUAGAUAACGUGUAUAAUAACCGGUGCAUGCAUGGUCACCAGGACGAUUAUUUACACAAGUUAAAGCCAUAAAAACCCUUUUCUGCACUGAGUAGAAACGCAUUCAUGCGAAGCUUCGAGGCGAAGGGAUGAAGAGACCACCGACCGCAGCAGCAGGUUUUUUUUUUGAAAAAUGUGUUGCAGAGGCCGCCUCCCCCAUUAGUAAAUGUGUUUGUGAGCAAAGACAAGAGUGUAUCGGGCUCAGACAUCCUCAGAAACAUGGCUUAUAUUCCUCAAAGUUGGAAAAAAAAAACUAAUAUACAGCAAAGUGAUCAUAUGCAUCUGACUAAUAUUUCAUAUUUUCUUGUACUUCACUUUGAUGUUUUGUAUAUUGGACAAAAAAAAAAGGAAACUUGCAGUUUGAAAAGUUUGAUAACAAUCUGAGAGCUUUAAAAUGCUGGGAAAUUUGUACUAAAGCGAACGGACACAUUGAGGAAGAAAUACACUACAUGAAUUAUCGUGAAAUCAAAAAUACAGGUUUUAUAUUGAAGUCAAAAUACCUAAUACUUAAUUUAUUAAUUUUUUCAAUUAAUUUAAGUUUAAAGUCAAGAAUAAAAUUUGAACUUUUGUUCUCAAAUAAUUGCAUUUUUGGCUUUCUUCAAUUUUUUUCUUCCCAUUUUACUCUGUUCUUGACGUUGCACCUUUUCCCCUUAAUCAUUCUUGAGUUUCUCUUCAGCUGAAAAGUUAUCUUCCCUAAAAAGUUACGACUUAAAUUUGAUUUGUUAUUUUUGUCAUAUACCUAACAUUGUAACGUUUUCAAAAAUAUCUCCUGACUCUUCCUUCUCGUCACUUCAUGUCUGGACCUCUACUUUUAUCCUUCAUCUCAAUACUACAGUUUUUUUCCCCUUAAAAUGUGGCUGUUAGUUUAUAUCCUCAUGUACACUGAUGAAGGUGAGUUAGGAUUUCUAAAUAGUUUCUUGAAUGAUUUCACACUACAUCAACCGUUAUUUAGUGUUUAAUUUUAGAUUAUCUGCAUCAUGUCUGUUUGGUUUAUCAGACUUUGAGUCUUGACUUAAUCCAGUGUCCUUUUGGGGAGAUGCGCCCCACGGUUUGAAAACCUCUGCUUCAGAGAGAAAGUUUUCAGUCCUGAUGACGGGUUUUUCUGCACGAACAGACGAGGCACUCGGACCAGCCGCAGUUGCCCAGUUCUCUCCUCCAGUCAGACGCAGUCUGUCUGCAGCAUGAAUCUAUGCAAACUGAUCCAUCCCCUCUCCGACAAUGUGAAAAAUCCAGAUUUCUCUAGCGAGUAGCCGAUGAGACAGAUGCAGCAGAUAAUGAAUGUGCUGUGCCGUUUAUAGAACACUCGUAUACACACACAUGCAGCGGCGGCGGCUGCUGUUGGAACAGCGUAGAUUCUAAUGUUUUUGUUUCUUCUCUGAGCACUAACGUUAAAUUGAACUGCACAUGUGAACGCUCACAGUCCUAUGCACAUGUAUGUACAGUGAAGCCUCCUCCGUCAAGUCUUCCCCCGCCGUCUUUUACUCUCGAUUCAAAGCACUUUGUGACGCCUGCAGCUCCUCAGAGCUGCCGGUCAUCUCUCCUCCUUCCUCUCGUCUCCUCGUCCAGCAUCCGGUUGGAAAUGUUUACAUUGUGAUUUUGUUGAUUUCAUGUGUUUCCCCUCCCUCCUCCCUCAUGCUGUCAUCCAGAAACAACCAUAUGCAUACAAAGCAUAUUUAAGAAAAUAAAUUAUGGACAACAAACUCA